GGCCUCUCAUACAUUUUCUUUAUCACCUCAGUCAGCUAUAGUAAGACAAACCUGUCCAUGUGUCCCCUAUAUGACAUUAUAUCUUAUCCAUUCCUCAGCAUUGGACAAUGAAAGGCUUUCUGACCUCUAGCGAAGGGCGCUCGGCUCCUCGCAGGGAGGGAAUCUUAUGAAUGGCUUGAUUGAUGGAUACAGAGAUGGAAGCAGGGACUGGUUUGUGCUGUGGAAGGGAGGAGGGGAUACUUGUGGUCCACCAUAAAAAUAAAAAAAAACCUGAGCAUAUUGUGUAAAGCUCUCUUUUCAUUGGUGGAGAUGCCUUCAAUGAAAAAAGUGGUUUUAUUAGCUGUAGCUGAGCAGGAUUGGCACAAUAUUUGGAUAGAAUAUCUUCCAGCAUAACACAUCCGCAUGUUGAUGCAAACUGAUGCCCCCACUUGUUGCCCUAGAGUCCUUAAAGUGAACACUGAGCUGCAAUGACUCGCAUAAUAGUUGGAAAUGUCAGGUUUUGGGUGUGCUCUCUUCUGCAGCGUGCAGGAGGACAUUUAAAGCCUCGCAACUCCGAUCUCGCCUCGCCAUGUUGAGGAAUCCAUUGAGAGAAUUUCGCAGCGUUAGUCAUCGCAACAACUAAAUCCGCAGUGUGUGUAGUAGUCGCCUAUAUAGCCCUCUCUCUUGCACCUCUUGCACCGGAGAUUCCACAGUGUGGCGCCGUGCAGGGUUUUGGCUAUACAGACGCACUCCGUGUCUGCGUCUGUGUCUGUGCAACACACUGCGUGCGUAGAUUUCUCUCGCACCCAGUCGCAUGGUCACAUGCCGGCUGGGUCGGUGGCGGUGUGCCGGUGUGAGGUGCCCGGGUCAUUAGGGUGUUUGCGCAGGACGUGUGGAGCCGACGCGCAGCAGUGAGCGACCGACCGACCGGGCAGGUGAUGGUGAUGUUUGCUCACGUAAGAUGAGGAGCGCAGGCGACGCGGCUGGAGGGUGCGCGCUACUGUUGCAUCGCCUCACCGGAUAAUAACCGCUGCUAUAUUUCAUCCUCGUCCGUCUUGUUCCUCCACAACCGGUUUUCUGUUCCUUUUUUUUUUUUUUUUUUUUUAAUUUUGCCUAUAUACCGACUAUAGGAGUGGGGACUCUUUUUUAUGAUCAAAAUAAUAAGUGGAUAAAGGAGCCGACCUUGCAGUGUGUGCGUGGUGGAGUGCGUAUAUAUCGUUUCUUGUGUGAUUCCCUCUGUAUACGCGCAAGAGCUUUUUUUUUUUUAUUCCAGAGAGGCAAUGCGCCCACCCAUGCGAUGCUAGCCUAUUAGCUGGAGAGAGAGAGAGAGAGAGAGAGAGAGAGAGAGAGAGAGAAGGAGAGAGAGAGAGAAGGAGAGAGAAAGAGAGAGAGAGGUUUCAGCCCUGGAUGAAUCGAGAGGAGGCUAAUUUACGAGUCUUGUUUUGCCUUUCAGGAAAAAAAGAGGUAGAUAAGAGGGGGAGGGUGUUUUUUUGGUUGAAGGAGAAUGCAGCAAUCACAUUUUUAAGCAUGCAGAAGAAGCGGGCCGUUUCCGGUUCCUAGAGGCUGGUGGUUGUGUGUCCCCCCCUUAUCCAAGAGGCCACCAGCAGCAGCAGCCAGCCGUAUGGGGAAAGCAGCGGCAGACACAGAUGGCAUGGACACUUCCACAAGGUCUGCUGCCGCUCUGCCCUGCCUCCUGCUCUCCUCCACCGCCGCCGUCUCUCUCUUCCAGCUCGCUCCGCCGCCCAGCAGCACUGCAGCACAGCACCGUAUAGGCUGACGGCAUGAGGCUUGAUCCAGUGCACUUCUCCAUGCUGGUCAUCGGGGUCUCCUUCGCCUGUUACGCCCCGAGUCUCAACUCCCUGCAGGACCGGGCGUACCGAGCCGCCGUGGUCAUCGAGGGCGAGGUGCGCUCCUCCUCCCGACCGGAGAACGUGUCCUCCCGGGAGCCCUACCGGGUGAAUGUCAAAGUGCUGGACGUGUGGCCCGUCAACAGCGGCGGCCUCGAGAGGGAGCAGCUCGUGACCGUCGGGGACUUCGGCUCCGAGGCCCCGUGCACCACCACGGUGGAGAAGGACCACAGAUAUAUCUUUUUCAUGGACCCCACCGCCGAGCCCCUGGUGUUCAAGGCUUCAUACGCCCCUGUGGACGCCACGGAGCCGGAGCUGAAGAAGGAUGUGGAGAGAGUGUUGUGCGAGGACUGCGCCUCUGCUCCUAAGCUCCGGCUGAUGCGAGGCCAGUCUCUGGUGGAAGGGGACAAGCUGUACUUGAAGUGCGAGGCGUCGGGGAAUCCCAGCCCUUCCUUCCGCUGGUACAAAGAUGGACAUGAGCUUCAGAAAGGCAGAGACCUCAAAAUAAAGACCAACAAAAAAAACUCAAAGGUGCAGAUCAGUCGUGUCCGUGUGGAAGACUCCGGCAACUACACCUGUGUGGCUGAGAACUCACUAGGACAAGAAAACAUCACGAGUAUAAUCAGCGUGCAAAUCUUGACCACCACCACCCCGUCUCCAGGUGUGAGUCAUGUGAGGCGCUGCAACGACUCGGAGAAGGCCUACUGCGUCAACGGAGGAGACUGUUACUUCAUACAUGGUAUUAACCAGCUGUCCUGCAAGUGUCCCAAUGACUAUAGGGGGGACCGCUGUGAAAACUCCGUCAUGGCCGAUUUCUACAAAGCCGAGGAGCUCUACCAGAGGCGGGUGCUGACGAUCACAGGCAUCUGCGUGGCGCUGUUGGUGGUUGGCAUCGUUUGUGUGGUGGCCUACUGCAAAACCAAGAAGCAGAGGAAGAAGAUGCACAAUCACCUACACCAGAACCAGAAUCAGUGUGUGGAGCAGCCCAACCUCACGCUGCCCAACGGACCCAACCACCCUGGGCCCGGUCACGAGGAGAUCCCCAUGGUUGAUUACAUCCCCAAAAGCGUCCCAACGACGGAGCGUGUGAUCAGCCACGGCACUGAGGGUGCAGGCAGCCGAAUGUCGACCCGCUCCCACCACUCUACCACUGCCUCACAUGCUUCCAGACACGAGGAGCAGACGUGGAGCAUGGAGCGAACAGAGAGUAUGAACUCAGACUGCCAGUCAGGCGGGCUGUCAAGCUCUGUGGGAACCAGUAAGUGCAGCAGCCCGGCGUGCAUGGCGAGGAGGGCCGCCCACUGGGGCUGCACGGACAUGUCCGGACCGGGAAUGCAGUACGGGGAUUCCUACGACUCUCUAAGAGACUCGCCUCACAGUGACAGGUAUGUGUCGGCGCUGACCACGCCAGCGCGCCUGUCUCCAGUGGAGUUUCACUACCCCCCGUUGCCGCCCCAGGUGCCCACCUUCCAGAUCACCUCGCCCAACACAGGCCACGCCCUCUCCCUGCCCCCCGCCGCUGCCGCCUACCACAGAGAGGACGACCAGCCGCUGCUACGAUGCCCCGAUGAUGGAAGUUUAUACAGGCAGCCCCGGCGUCCGCGGCGACCCUACCUGACGGAGAGCACAGGAAGCCUACCGUCCAGCCCCUACCGUCUCCCUGACGACGAGGCCUACGAGACCACGCAGGAGUACGCCUCUUCGCGGGAACCCAUCCGAAGCCGGCGACGCCCGCGACGCAACCGCCUCAACGGACACAUCUCCCAGCGUUCAACGGGCCUACGGGACUACAGCUCACAGAGCUUCAGCCAGUCAGAGGAGGAGGAGGAAGAGGAGGAGGAAGAGGACGCUCACGGGGAGAGCACACCUUUCCUCAGUAUGCAGAACAUGAACAUGGACCCGCCCUUACCCGUCCCGGGUUACCGGACGUCAUCCGGCGCGGACACACGGACUCACCGCGGGCUGAGUCGGCCGGGGACGCGCAGCAACGGGCAGAGCCGCAGCUCGCAUUCGCACCGCUCCAAGGCUGACAACAUGCCCCUUUAAGACUUACCCCCGCCCCCCCACCACCACCCACCCCUCCACCUCACACACUCCCCUUCCUCCUACACACAACCAGUGGACUAGAGACCUGCACCUAGGAGAAAUAUUUUUAUUUUGUAUAACAGACAGAUAUUCUAAACAAAUGAAAUAUUUAUUUUCAUUUCAGCAAAAAUUGUCUACUAGCUAACAGCAAAGACUUUUUUUAUAACGGGGGGGAAAUAUUUAUAUGUAAAGUUUUUUGAUUUACAGCAUUAUGAGAGAUGAAAAAAUAAGAGAAUUACGUGCCAAUUUUUUCACAAGUUAGAUAAAUAGAAUAAUAUUGUGGUGCCUUUUGCUGUAUGCUGAAGUCGGAGGUCCCAUUGAGUUUUUGUAGCCUUUCUUAUAAAGACUCCUCGUUUUUAUAGAGACCAACCCUCUUCCUUCCUUUUGCUUUGGUUUUCUCUCUGAUUUGGGAUCUUCCUCUUUUUUGAACUGUGAUCUGAUUACGUCAUCAUGCAAUAUUGAUUCCUCCUGUGUAAAAGGUGUCUGUUUACAUGAGUAUGAUCCACGCGAUGCGCUCGUUUCACAGGGACAUUCAGUCACUGACGCAACCGGAAGAGUAGGGUAGUUUUUUCUCGGAUGAUUUUUUUUUUGUUGGAUGAAUCACAUCGGUCAUUUAUGUCCUCGUUCGCCGCCUGUCAGUCAUUUGUUGUUAUUUCUGUGAAAACAAGAGUGUUGUUGAGGGGAAGUAACUCCAGAUUCCUGUGUAGGUGUUCAGGGUGCUGCCAUGACAUUGGUGGUGGUUGCAGUGUUUGUGUGUGUGUGUGUGUGUGUCUAUGUGUGUGUGUGUGUGUGUGUGUGUGUGUUCGUAUGUGUGUGUACACAUCAUGAAGCCUCAUUUGGUCGGCGCCUCCGUUCACCUCGGAAAAAGUGUGGCCUCUUGUUCGACUGACAUGCUCCUCUCACCAAUCCUCACGCUGCCAGAAGCUCCAUUGCACUGUAAGCACCUCCCUCCGUGAGCAGUCAUUGGCCAGGGAGCUGCCGAUCCAAACCGAACCGAACCAAUCCAGUUGUAAUCCAGCCUGACUCUGGCCUCCCGUGGACUGCCCAGCCCGCCCGUUUCCUAUGCCAGCAGCUUAGAGCCGCACUGUGUCUCAGGACUUCCCCCAUCGCAUCACAGCCAAAAAGACUCAAAGCAGAGAGCGCACGCCAUCUCAGUCACAGUUCAGUCAUCAAGGCCAGAUCCACGUCCCCCUCACUCUCCUUCCUUCCUGUCUGUCCGUCAGGUUUGUUGCGUUCACUCAUGAUCAAGGGAGCGUGGGUAAAAAAAAAACUCUUGGAAUCAGAAGGGUUGCUUUUUUUUUUUUUUUUUUUACUUCAAAAGGUCGUGUGUAUGUGUGUAAGUGGGCAUGUGUGAUGAUGAUGAUGAAAAAAUGAUGCGGAGACCACAUCUGUUCACUAUGUUGCAGGGGCGUAGCUAGGAAUUCUGGGCCCCCUGGGAGGAGGAUAUUGCUCUGGGUUCCCCCCUUUUCUUUUCUUUUUUUCAAUUAAUAUAAACCUACUAGUUUGGGGCCCUUUCCAGCUGUGGACCCCUGGAAUCGCCACCACCUUUCACCCCUGUAGCGAUGGCACUGCUCCGAUGGUAAAAAUCGCCACGUGCAGGUUCACACUGCUAGAGAGCGAGUUCUACUUUUCCUUUAGCUCACAGCCAAACGGUGGUAUAAUGCUAUUACUGAUUACUGCAUCCUUGAUUUGCAUUCCUAUACCUUUUAUUGAUUGAA